CACACUGCCCGCUCGCGAGGUCUACGAGAGAAGAAGGGUACAGUGAUGCUUCGCGCGACGCGACGGGCGAGUGGCUUCCGCGCUGCCGCCGGCACGUCCGCUCGCCGCUGCGCAUCUGGCUUUCCAGAGGCGAGCACGAUUUGGAAGGACGGCGAACUAAUCCCGUGGAAAGAGGCAAACGUGCACAUCCUCUCGACGGCGGUACAGUUCGGAUCUUCACUCUUCGAGGGCAUCCGUUGCUACGGCACGCCGAGCGGUCCUGCCAUUGUCCACCUCGACGGCCACCUGCGCCGGCUGCUCGACUCGUGCAAGAUGUACCGCGUCGACGUGCCCUACAGCGCGGAAGAGCUCGCCGCCGCGUGCUUUGACGUCGUCGAGGCCAACGGGCUGCACGACGGCUGCUACAUCCGCCCCAUGGUCCUGCGCGGGUACGGAGCAGUCGGCAUGGAUGGCAAGGGCUCGCCGGUCGAAUGCUACAUCCCCGCGUGGAAAUGGGGCGCGUACCUCGGCGCCGACGCCUUCUCCACCGGCAUCGACUGCUGCACCGCCAGCUGGGCGCGGCCGGCGCCAAACACGUUCCCUGGCAUGGCCAAGGCGGCUGGCAACUACAACAACGCCGCGCUCAUCAAGAUGGAGGCGCAGGCGAACGGGUACGUGGAAGCGGUCGCGCUGGGGAGCGACGGCAUGGUCUCCGAGGGCUCCGGACAGAACCUGUUCGUCGUGCGCGACGGCGAGAUCGCGACGCCGCCGAUCAACGGCUCGAACCUGCAGGGGCUGACUCGCGCGUCCGCGCUGCAGCUCGCCGCAGAGGCGGGUGUGCCCGUCCGCAUCGAGCCGAUCCCGCGGGAGGCGCUCUACGUGGCGGACGAGCUCUUCUUCACGGGCACCGCGACCGAGGUGAUGCCGAUCGCCUCGCUGGACCGCAUCGCCAUCGGCAACGGCAGGCGGGGCCCGAUCACCGAGCGGCUACAGCAGAGGUACCAGGACAUCAUCCACGGCCGAUCGGAGGAUGUGUACGGUUGGAUGAGUUUGCGAGGUGGCGGAGUCUAAGAGU